GAGGAAGUACUAGUCUCCUAUCUCGUUUCAGGCUCUUGCCGCAGUAAACAACGGCUCUUGUUUACCGCUUUUCCAAAGUUGUCUCCGCCUGGUCUUCUUGAGCCCUCAGGCUCCUCUUCUGCCACUCUCCCUCCCCACCGCUCUUUCUCUUACCUUUGGGACAAUAAGAACAAUAGCAACCCCCACACGCUCCUCUUCCCGGUCGUCUCUUCUCCGCGUAUCUCUCUUUAUUGCUCGUCCAUGACGCGUCGCCCAGGGCCUCGCGAGGAGGAGGAUGAUCUCCUCCUCGCCGCCCACACGUAUGAUCUCAUCUCCUCGUUCAUCCGUGGCAACGGUUCUCUCGCGACUAGAGGACGGGGACCUAGACACUUGGACAUACAAUUUAGGCUGGUAAAUAGUGGCCUAUAUGAGGUGGGCGAUGGGGCUGGCGAGGCCGUCAAUACCGUCACAAGAGCUGCACUCCGGGACGCCAACACACACGACCGGUAUGAGCAGAGCCAUGUGCCAGCAUAUGGCCAGCUAUCGGCACGCAUGGCAGACGUUGCACAAGGCCUACCUAUCGUACCUGUCCUGACAGAAAAUCCUGGUGUCAAACGCGACGAUUUGGCCACCCAUGCAUCGCGCGAGGAACAGGAUCAGUCGAACACCACGAUACAGCAGCGUACACGAGAGACGUCAGAAUCUGCCGCACCGAAAACCGAUCUUGAUCACGGCGGUGAUUGUGUCCACAAUCCCCUGGCAAACUAUCCCGGGCCACAACUGGAAACAUGGGAUGACGGCCGCUCAACGGUUCGGUUCUGCGACAGCGAUUCAAAAUGCAACGGAUCUCAGAAUGUUCAACCCCAUGAGAACGACCUCAACCACCACGAAAUUACUACGCCAAGUUCCCCAAACAAGUCCGAAUAUGCUCCCAAGUUUGAGAGACAGCCGCAGGAACACUCCCGAAAAAUCAUCCGCGACAUACGAGCCAAUGAUAUCGGCCUCCACAAGAACACACAACACGAAGCACAGAGCACUGUCUGCUUCCAGGACGGCGUAUAUUCUCAUUCCGAUAUUGAAGGAGAACCACAAGCUGUCACCUCCGGGGAGGAAAAGAUUGCCGCACCUGGCUCGAACGCGAUGUCCUUAGACGGCACUCAGGACGACGAUAUUGCUCAAGGUAGUGACCAGGAUGGCGAUCUUGAGCUCACCAGUUCCCAAGGGAACAUGGACAUUGCCGCCCAAGAUGAUAGCGAUAGCGACUACGUCGAAUCUCCUGACGAGAAGAAGAAGAAGAAGCAGAAAAAUUCUAAGCAGGAUAGUCGCAAAAGAUCUAGCGGCCAUAUGUCUGAAGGUCCAUCGACGCCGAUUCCCAAGAAAUCCAGACUUUGUUUGCCCACAACUCCAAAAACUCCCACCCCGAAGGCAGGAGCUGUGCAGACUUCUCGAUUCCAGUCCGAUUCGACCUAUGCGCUCAGCCCGAGUGAUCCUGGAGUGAGCCCUGGAGUAAUGACUGGAUCUCCGCGCGGGCGCAGUAUCAACAAAUCGGGUCAACCGCGAAAAGAACGUGAACCUCGUCCGAAGCUCAUGAGAUGGAAUGAUGCGGACUGGAGGCGGGCUGUACUCUCUCUUAUCGGCGUUUGCGGCGAGGUUGGAAUCGCUAUUCCGUUCGAGAAGGUAGCCAGGUCUAUCAAUGAGAACCUCACAGGAACUGCCUUCCAACAAGCGCUUCUUAAGCUCCGUACAAGGAUGACUGAUGAAGGAUAUGAAGUUCCGGUCUUAAAAAUGCGCUGGAGUAAGAAGGACGACGAUAACAACACCGUCAGCGCCACUUCUCCUCUGAAUACUGGUGAAGGUAACAGCGGCGGCACCACCACGAACCUCAAUGAACAGGAAAAAGUCAAGGUAGUGUGGCGCACUCCUCGGCGCAAGCCAACAAAAGAUCAGGAAGUGCAGACGAGUAUCUGCACAGUCAAAGUUUCACUGGCCACACAUUCCCCCGGCGAUCACCGGGCGAACCCAGAGUCUGGUGUCCAAGAGACCCCCACUCGAAUCGGAAACGUUCGACGAUCCAUGUCCGCGAAUCAUUUGCCAGUGAAGCCGACUGAGUCUGAUCCAGAAGUACGCAUGAAUUCUCGCCGACGUCGCCAGCAAAACAAUAUUGGCAACAAUGUUCAACAUUGCGUCUCUUCCAUAACCUCGCAACCAACGCAAAAUGUCUCAAUGGACUCUCAUGGGAAAUCUAUGGCCAGUUAUGUCACUGACUCUCGCUGGACCCAGCCUCCAAUUUUCGGAGGCCUUGCAGCACAGGAUACGGAUAUGCGGGACUAUAGCGGUUUUCCCGAUAAUCAAGCUCAAGCUGUCCCGGAGGGGAGCACGAAUAAUGAAAACACAACUUUCGCUGGUUACAACCAGUACUAUCACCUUCCCAGUAUUCAGCCCACGAUGACUGCCACGGGUAGUUUCCAUCCUCACGGCAUCGACGACUAUUACAUGAACUUUGCCAACAAUAAUCUGGUUCAUACUAGGGAUCAAAAUGAUCCCGUCAAUAGCAUUGAGCCUUCGCAAAACAAUGGAACUCCGCGAAGCAAGGACCCUCUACAGAGCCAUAAGCCUGUCAUGAGGAAUCGGCUUGCUCACCAAUAUCAUUCCCUGUGCCCUAUCAACGGUAUUUCGGGAAUUAGAGAUAAUCACGACUCUCUGGUUGCACGCAAUGCGCUGACCAUGGACAGUCAGCUCGUCCGCUACACGAAUGGACAGCAGCCUGGCAGAGUUGGCUCCCCUUCCGACGACGACUCCAAGCAACAGCUCGUAUCUCCAGAUGAAACCACCGAAAAAGCUCCGUCCUUCGUCAACCCGGAAGCGGCUCUUAUGGCAGCCUACUCUUCACGGAUGAAUGGAGGCGCCGCCGGAGAACGUGUGCCGACAUUCGAAGCUAACAAGGCUCAUGCACCCCAUCAUGCUUUCAUGUCUACCUCCAGCCCAGCAUCCCAGGCUUUCAACACUGGCGUUUCCAACUUGGGCUGCCCUUUCAAGUUCCGGCAGUGUCAGUCCGGAAAUGCCCGUGGAAGCGACUAUCACGAUGGAAUUUUCGGUGAUACACCGGCUCUUCUCGGUAACACGACGCCUCAGUCUAGAGCGCUCUCGGAGCUUUUCAAUGAACCGCCGCAGCCCGUCUCCGCCCUCGCAGUUCCGAGCUGGGAAAUGCAAACACUCGAGUUGCAGCAGGCGGGAGAUCAAGGUGUGCAUGACCCUACUGAGGCCGAGGAACCCGCCCCAAACGCGGACGACAGUUUCUAUGUGGACGGAUACUCCCUCUCUGUGGACGGUGCUUGAAUAUCUAUGCCAUUGGAGUCGGGGGGGAGGGGGAGUAAGGAAUGAUCGGUGGACGAGAGGGUGCGUUGUGUAUGAACAUUACAGUUGAUCAUGCCCCAGAGAUCAAGACCAGACUUGCUCUCUUUCUUUUCUUUUCUUGUUCUGUCUCUUUUCGAUUUCGCUUCUAUUCGAGCCGUCCGGCCCUUCUGUUCUUAACUCUCGUUUUCUUCCCAAAGGAAAAACAGAAAAAGGAAAGGAAAAAAAAAAAAAAAAGGAAAAAAAAAAAAGGAAAAUGGCGAAAGGAAGUUUCCUGAAAUGAUUGCGAUUAGCAAUGCGCAGAAUUGCAAAGGACGGCCAUCUGCUCGUUAGCACCGC